UUUUUGAGUCAGGAUUUUAAUGCGUCAUAGUUAUAUAGAUAUAAUUCAUUUCUGUAACAGCACGAUAUCAUAAAAUUGAAAUUUAAGUUAAUAAAUUAAAAUGUUAAUCGAUAGUUCGUAUACAUAUUUAAUAUUGAAUGUAGAAUUAUAAGAGGCAGAAAGACUUAAGAAAGUCACCACGUGUUUACUUCAUGGUCAUUUAAAUAUCAUUCUACUUUUCCCACCAAAGAUGCUGAGGGUGCGUGGUGUUAUUGUAUUCUUUUAGAAUGUUCUUUUAAGCACGUUGGAACCAAUGGAACCAAUCAGCAUUCGAAUUUUUUAGAUAGGAAGGGGUAGGAAGAAUUUCGCGCGCAGAAAAAAAUGAACAGAGGUUUAGUUCAGUCUUGUAACGGCGAUCGUAUUGAGUAGUUGUUGUAAUCAGUAUUCAUAUAUUUUUACAUAAAUACAAGUGAAGUUUUGCCCAACGUGUAAAUAAUUGAAUAGUUGCUACAAUAUUAUUGUGAAGGAAAAAGAAAAAUAAAGAGAGACUCUACAAUUAAUUCAUAAUAACACGUUUAAACAUGAAACAUUUUGAUCACAACACAUUGAUAAACAUCUGAAAAAAAUAACGUGGUGAAUUCAGACGGUGGGUUCAAUAAUAUUCAGAAAGAAAGAAAAUAACAACAGCGCUACAAUGCAGAAACUGAAUGAAAAACUGGCAUCUAUGACCAUUAGUAAAUCUAAUUGUCCCAAAUGUGAUAAACCAAAGGUGCCUGAUGUUAACAACUUAACCAAGUAUCAAAGGAAAGUUUACAAUAAUAUACAUCAAUUUUUAAAAGAAAAUGAUAGAGGAGUUAUUACGAUCGAUACUCCAAGCGGUACUGGUAAAACGUUUCUUUUAUGCACUUUGGCCAAGGACUAUCAGAAGACAAUUAAAUUUAUUAUAUUCCGGAAAGACCAAGCGAGUAAAAUUUCGUUGUGGAACAUUCAGACUUAUACUUUCAUAUCUUUUAUUAUGCAUCAUUUCAAUCUAAAGUAUGAAAAUGCGAUUGAAAUGUUUCGAAUGUAUGAUAAAGAUAAUAUUACGGAACUUUAUAAGUUAAUCGUUUAUUCUAAAAAGUUUGUAGCUGAAAAUGCAUCUAUUAUUAUUUUAGACAUAUAUACUAUACCCUCACCAACAAUGUUGCUUUUAUUGUACAUAAUAUCGCUUCAACAUAAACUAUAUUUAAUUUUUGCUGGCAAUCGUACGCAGUUAGAUGCUAUCAAUAAAUCGGUAUUUCACAAGGAGAAUAAUUUUUAUAUUGUUCAAAUACUUAACGAUUUGACAAUAAAUAAGUUAGCUGAAAACAUACGAACAUGUGAUAAUAUACUUGAAAAUGAAAUAUCAUGUUUCCAUAAACGUUUGCUGCAAAUACAACCUGCUGGAAAUAUUCCAUUUUAUUAUGAUUUGCGUUAUUAUCUAUAUACUCUAUUUCGAUCGAAAUAUUUCACCGAAGAACGUUUCGAUACAAUUUAUAUUGCUCAAACUCAUCAGAAUAUUAGAAAGCGUUUAUAUCGCUUAAUUGACUAUUGUAAGUUAAGUAAAAAACCAUACUAUGAGGUACCAUUUUACUAUCAAAACAUAAAUGGCAUCAAAGAACCUCUUCCCAAAAAUCGGAACGGUAAAUUUUUCCCCACAUUGUUACUAGUAAAAGGAUACAAAUAUAUUUAUAUUGAUGAAAAAGGUGUUCAUCAUGUUGUUCUGCUGCAAAAUGUAUUUUUAUCCAAUUUUGAAGUCGGGUCUUUGGAAAUCCGUUUUAUAAAAGAUGCUCAGGUUAAGAAAAUUCAACGAAUCAAACUUAAUUAUUAUCAAAUUUUACCAGCCUAUCGUAAAUGGUUAAUGGACAAAAUUAAGUAUACAGACAACUUAUGGCAAUUUCCUUUACGUCCAUAUACGUUGACGUAUCAUGCUACUUUAGGACAAACACUCGAGAAAGAACAAGUAGAACUUAAUGCUGAUUGUCAUUAUGCUAAUUUCUUGUAUAUUGGUCUUUCUUGUAUACGCCAUAAAUCUGAUAUACAUAAAAUUCAUGAUCAAAACGUUGCAGGAUAUUUAGUAACGGAAUAUAUGGAAACUGUUCGAAAUGACACUACAUAUUAUUAUCGUUGUGAGAUUGAUACACGUGCAAUUUAUGAAUAUGUCACUAAUAAACAGCCAGUCAAAUAUAUAGAUAAUAUAGAGUGGACAACGGUGGACGACGUGAAAAUAUUUGAGAGCAAGCGGCCUACGUCCUGUUAUUGGCGUAUUAAACGUAGUAUCUAUGAAAAAUCCAACGAGAAAGUAGAUACAUCACUGAUGCAAGUUGCAAGAUUUGUCAAAGAAAAUCCAGAUGUGAUAAUUAAUGCGAUGAAAAUGGCACCUGCUAACGACCUAAUAAAUGAUAACGACCUAAUAAAUGAUAACAACAAUAAAAAGAAAAAAACGAAAAGACAAAAGAAUAAAGAGGAUAAAAAAUCCGAUGCAUACAAUUAUUUGAGAGAUCAGUAUGAUCAAUGGGUUGUUAAAAAUGAAAUCAAUUUACGUCAAUAAAUUUACGCACGAUAAAUUAAGGAAUUUAUACAUUUUUUAUAUUAUAUAUUAUUUUAAUAUACUUUUGUAAAAGUUUUUAUAAAUGUACACUAUUUUUUAUGUUGCU